UUGCGUCUCCCGCGCGCCACUCGACUGGAAUUCGUUGAACCAAAACGGGCUGCUCGCCGAGUAAUAUCGUGCCGAGUCGAAUUAAUCGUCGUUCAAUUGCAGAUCACGUGGAUCGACGGGCUGGGCAACGUGCUGCACAGGGGCAUCAAGACGACGAAAGAACUGUUCGACGACGGCCCGUUGUACACGGUGAAGUCCAUCCUGAGGGUGAUGCCGCGCAAGGACCACGACAACACGACGUUUACGUGCCAAAGUCAGAACGCGGCCGACCGCACGCCGCAGAAUGCGAAACUGCGCGUCGAGGUACGCUACGCGCCGAAAGUGUCUCUGAGAAUCCGGUCGGGCCUGGGCAAGAACGGCCGCAUCGUCGAGGGCAGCGAGCUCCGCUUCAAAUGUCGCGCCGAGGCAAAUCCACCGAACGUCGAGUAUAGGUGGUUCAUCAACGAGAAGAAGGUGAUCGGCGACUACACCACGGAGAUGAUCAUCCACAACGCGACUCGCGAUCUUCACGACGCGAUCGUGAAAUGCGAGGUUCACAACGACGUUGGAAAAAGCGAGGACACCGAGACUCUGGAUAUCACGUACGGGCCGCAGUUCCGGCACCAGCCAGUCUCCGUGGAGACGCAGUACGGCGCGACGGAGAUCUUGCAGUGCGACGUCGACGGAAACCCAACGCCGGAGAUCCGCUGGUACCACGAGGACUCGGAGCGACAAGUCGCCAGCACGCCGAAUAUCAGCGUGGUGGUGAACCACGAGACAGCCGGACGGUACUUUUGCAAGGCACACGUACCCGGUUUUCCGGAGCUGACGGGCUACGCGAAUGUCUACAUCCGGGCGCCGCCGAGCAUCGUGUCGCAGAGGGUGCAAUACGUACCCGACGAGGGCGUCGUCAAGGUGAAGUGUACCGCGAUAUCUGUGCCAAAAGCGGACUCGGUGGUAUGGAGCUUCGCUGGUCGCGAGCUCAAUUUCUCGUCGAACAAUACGCCGUUCUACGUGCAGGAGGAAUACACCGCCGAGAGAGUCGUCAGCACUGUCACGCUGCUCGAUCCCAUAUCCACGUACUUCGGGGAUUACAACUGCACGAUCACGAAUAGCUUCGGCACGGAUUCCGUCAUAAUCAAGCUGACGGCACACACGUUGAUUCCAGUCGAUUGGCAACUGAUCCUCAUCAUCGGUGGAUUGGUCGUCUGCGUGAUCCUGAUCGGCGUGAUCAUUAUACUCAUUCUACAGUGCCGCGACCGCAUCAAACAGCCACGGCCGAGGACUGCCCAGACCCAGGAGACUGAUAUGCAGGAAACGGAUUCGAACGCGGACAGAUAUCGAGAAAGCGACAGGAGUAGCAACCUGUCGGACGUCAAAGCGGAUAUACGGGCGGGAUCGAGUGUCAGCAACGCGGAGAGCGUGACAGCGCUUGACAGCGAGGGCGAAGGAAGCACGAGAGGUGUGAACGCUUUGGCGCUGGCUGGCCCGGUACCCAAUCCCCUGGGUUAUCGUUACAGCGCCGAUUACACGGAACCUUCGUUCCCGCCGAAGAACAACGACGGCAGUAACAACAAUGGUUACGUGCCGUACGUAGACUACACCCGCGACUAUAUGCCGCCCACGACGCAGGGAGUAGGUGCGUCACGGGAAUCCUUAAGCAGGAUACCGUCUGGCGGUAUACUAGCUUCAAAGAAGAUCGGUCUGAGUUCUGCGAAUUUGGGCACCUCGACUCCGCAAACCACCCCCGCGAUCGACCCACGUUUCUCAGCAACGUACGGCAACCCCUACCUCAGAAUGUCAGCGGCGGAGCAACUGAGACACGCGCCACACACGGCUGUGCCGGGAGUAACGCCAGCACCACCGCCCUACACGCAAGCAAUGAGAAUGAAUAGCUUGAAUACCUUGAACGGUGCUGGACCGCAGAACCAUCGACGUUCGGGUCUAACUGGUGCCGCCUUCGAGAACCGUCGAGCCAUCGAAUGGACUCGCCGCUCGAGCACGCUCAGGUCGCGUGAACAGUUUCUCGCCGAGAGUUUAGGGAAUAGAGAAUACCAUGCUUGCCACGGUCGCGUCGAACUGGAGGAUCAUGAUGUCGUUCGAGGGGCUUCCGCGGUCGCGCGAGCGCCGGAAGUCGAACGAUUGCUCGGUGACGGAAGGUCGAGGAGGAGGGACGAGGCAACGAAGAAGUUUCGGGUGAAGGGACGUGCGCAACGAAUGGCCGAGAACGGCGAAGCGUUGAGGUACAUCGAGAUGGUGCUGCGGCAACUGCGAAGGGCCAGCCGCGAUCAUCGGCAACUCGUGGAGCAGCGUCAUCGGCUCGUCCAGCCGUUCCCCGCGUCUUCGACGAUCGACGAGUACCAUUCGAACGGCGGGCCGGCCGUUCAAAGUUUCACGAUCCCACGCGGGAAGAGCGGAGUGGAGCGGAUCGUUCGUGACAUCUCUCGGGACACGGUCGAACGGCUGCAAGUGGAAGUUGAGACAAGCGAGGAACCGCAAGAGCUUGCCGAGUAUCCCGGCGUGGACGUUACGAAGAAACUGUCGGCGAAGAGGAAGACGUACGCGAGAGGCAUUUACCUGCUGGAAACGAUGCCCAGGAGGAUCCACGAGAGGAUGAGCGUGGCAGGCCGACAGGGUCUACGAUACGUUCCUGCUUACGAAGGAAUUGACACUACGAUUAUUCAAUGA